AUGGUGGGCCCUCACUGGUAUUCCUCUAGCUACAUUGGCUGCUCAACCAGGUGCUUCAGUACUUACGCUGAAAUUACUAAACUUUUUAAUGAUUGUCCAAUUGAAGCAGUUCUGCAAGCAGUUACGGACGAGGAGCCGUUUCGAGAAUGCAAAGGACAGUGCUGCGAUGAGCACAAAUUUUGCAAUUUUUGGGCCAAAAUUGGCGAGUGUAAGCUGAAUGCUGUUUGGAUGUCCGAACAAUGUCCACUGUCCUGUCGCCUUUGUCCGACAGAUCUUUCCCAGCACAAACCAAUACCACGUCGUAUCACAUCAACUAGCACAAUGAAUGGUAUGUGUACGCGAACGAAUAUUCCAAAUAAUUGCUUCCGAGAUGAGUGUUUUCAUCAGAGUUAUCGUACCUUCGAUGGUUCCUGUAACAAUCUAGCCAAUUCGUUGAUGGGUGCUGCAUAUACGCCCUAUGUUCGCUUGCUUGAUCCGGCUUACGACGAUGGGAUCAAUGCCGUUGUAGGUUCGCUACGGCAAAACCGUCCAAAUGCUCGUUUAGUUUCGCGGUCGCUACUGUCAUCGCGUCGAAUGAUAGCGUCGAAUGCGAGCAGUAUGCUGAUGCAAUUCGGGCAAUUUUUGAGUCAUGAUAUCACCAAAAAUAAGCUUGUUGGCCGGUGUACGUGUAGCGGAGGCCCCGAGUGCAUGAUCGUUGCACUGGGUCGCGAAGAUAGGAGGUUAGCAGCAUUUCUCAGCAAUUUUAUCAGCAUAAUUAUAUACAAAGACACUUCUGGACAAAAUGCAUGUAGUCGAAUUUAGUA